AUGCUGCCGCUGCUCCACGGACCGCUGCCGCCGCCCGAGCGAGAGCUGCAACGGGACUCGGACGUCGCCCGUCAGCUGGCGCGGCGCUUCGCGCGCGUGGUGACCUUGCGACAUCGCCGGCGCCACCACGCGCCGCAGCCCCGGAACUGCGCGUCGAGACGCCGACAAGGCGCGCGCCGCAAUCACCGUCGGAGCGAGGUUGAAACUGAGCCCGAGCCGGAGGACGCGAGCCUGGACGCCUCCAUCCGCUCGCUGCAGUCUCACAUCGCGUCGCUGGAGCGCUCGACGCUGCUGCGCGACUCGGCCACCCUGCUCUGGCGGGCCAACAGCUCGGUCGUGGCGCUUGACCUCACGCGUGAGUACUUCCUGCAGUUCGCGCACGGAUACGACUCGGCGGACGGCGCGCGCAGCUCGACAACCGAGCGCUUCAUGACGAGCGUCUUCCGGCGGGAUGUCCUGUGCCGGGACUUCGAGGGCGUGCAGGCCUUCAUGGACCAGUGGGAGAAGUACACGACGUUCCACCAAGGACUGACGUUCAAGCUCAACUCGGUGCGGCUUGUGGACAACGACGACGACUCGCGCUGCGCCGUGGCCGUGUACGCCACGGGCGAGAUCGGCGUCACGUUCACGGAGGACACGCUCAAGUUCCUGUACCCGGCGCUCUUCACGCAGUCGCUGCGGGAUUCCCACGAGCGCGGCAUCGUGGAGAAACUCGUGGGCAGCCGCGGCUGUCUGCCUAUGGAGCUGGUGCUCCACUUCGACAGCGAGGGCCACGUCUUCGCCUUCGAGUCGCGCGUGAACCUCGUGUCCACGCUGCUCAAGGUGCUGCACAGCCCCUCGGCCGCCAUCCACGUGCAUCAGUCGUCGAUCAUGACGGUCGAUGGGCAUUGGCAGACGCCGCCGGACGCUGACGAGGCCGCGCGACGAGAGCGCAUGCUGCCGAGGCAGUUGCUCUAG